AUGAUAUUUUCUUGUAUGCUGCACCACAUCACAGCAGACAAAAAGGCCAUAACAUGUACAGUACACAAAGUGAGUCAGCUGCAUCACAGUCUUGACCAUUUGAAUGAGAACUUUAUUGAGGACCUUGUUAAAUAUCAGCUGAAGAAGAUCCAGAAGGAGUACGGUGAGGCAGUUGCAACAGUUACGGAGCAGAAGUCCUUGCUUGCACAGCUAGAGGAAGACCUUCGCAGCGUCAAAGCACUCUCAUCUAUGUUCAGGGGGGAUGCGGAGGGGGAACCAGGACCUGCUGAUCCAGCCUCCGAACUGGUAGCUGACAUAGUUCGGGAUGUCAUGCCAUCAAGUGGAGGUGAUGUGACCAAGUCUGCAGCAGACUCACUCCUGCCUAUUGUUCAGAGUCAGCGUGAGCGCUAUCGGCUGAGGGCACAGGAACUGGAAGCACAAGCGCUGAGCCAGCAGCAGCAGCUGACGCUCUUUCAGAAUGAGAUUGACAAACUCCGCUCAGACAAUGUCAAGCUGUAUGAAAAGAUUCGCUUCCUGCAGAGUUAUCCAACAAAGGGAGCAGCAGAUGAUGGAGCAGUGAACCGCUACUCAUCUCAGUAUGAGGAACGCCUGGACCCCUUCACCACAUUCAGCAGAAAGGAAAGACAACGAAGAUAUGGUGAACUCAGGCCUUACGACAAAAUUACCCUCAGCAUGGGGCGGAUAAUCAUGAGCAACAAGUUUGCCAGGGUGUUUGCCUUCUUCUACACCCUUCUUCUGCAUUGCCUUGUCUUUCUGGUAUGGGAAUCUUUACUUAAAGUGUGUGUUUGA